GGUAAACCAGAUUUAAACACAACGUUGCCAAUCAGACAGACAGCUUCUAUUUUUAAACAGCCUGUUACCAAAGUUACAAACCAUCCUAACAACAAAGUGAAGUCUGACCCACAACGAGUGAUUGAACAGCCCAGACAGCUUUUCUGGGAGAAGAGGCUUCAAGGCUUAAGUGCGUCAGAUGUCAGUGAGCAAAUCAUUAAAUCCAUGGAGCUUCCUAAAGGCCUUCAAGGAGUGGGCCCCGGGAACAGUGACGACACCCUCUUGUCGGCGGUGGCCAGCGCAUUGCACACGAGUUCGGCACCCAUCACAGGACAGCUCUCAGCCGCUGUGGAAAAAAACCCAGCGGUGUGGUUAAACACGUCGCAGCCUCUCUGCAAAGCCUUCAUUGUUACGGAUGAAGACAUUAGGAAGCAAGAGGAGCGAGUGCAACAGGUACGAAAGAAACUGGAGGAGGCACUGAUGGCAGAUAUCUUGUCCCGGGCUGCGGAUGCACCAGAAGUAGAUGAGGUUGAAAUGGACAAUGGAGAAGAGGCAUAAGAAUUAAAUAAUCAGGUACUUAAAAAAAAAAAAGAGAGAGAAAGAGACUCCCAGAUAAAAAUUUCUGGAAAUUGGAAGCGCUUUUAUGCUUUCCGUUGGUCUUUUGUGAUAGAAGAAAGAAGACCUCUGCACAUUUAUAUAGCUUUCUAAUAGCAUUAAAAACCAAUGCCCUUUUUCGGCUCUUAUUAUUAUUAUUAUUAUUGUUAUUUUAUUAUCCUAUUUUUGAUGUACAUAUCUUGUUAAGAAAAGAAAGAAAAAAAAGGGGAAAAGAAAAGAAAGAAAAGACCCUACUCUUUAUUUUGUGUCUUACGACUUCAAAAGUCUCGUUUUUAUUUUUUUAUUUUAUCCGUUUGGUGACGUCAAAAAAAUUCCUGAAGAUGGAAGCUGAGCUUUUGCGAUGCCAAGUUGGUGAUCUUGUAGCGACGGCCUUUCAAGCACUAAAUAAUGAGAAUUUCUUCUUCUUUUUAUGUGUGCGGGUUUUUGUUUUUUUUGCAAGAAUAGAUCAGGAAAA